UUGUGUGUGUGUGUGUGUGUGUGUACAGGUCUGCUCAUGCGCCCAUGAAGAGACGCUGCUUGCUGCUGCUGCUGCUGAUCUGAGGUGUGCGCGCUGCGGCUGGCUUAUUUACAUACGUUCAGUCACACUGCAUCAUAGAAAAGCUCUGGCGCUGUUAAGGAAAUGGAUUUUCUAAAGGGAUUAAUGUGUCUAUAUGGCGAUACAUCUCAAGGUACCGCCAUGUGGACCACGCUCUCCUAUCUGAAUGAACAGCGCUAAAUUUAUGUCAUCAGUCCCACAAGCUGUUCCUCCAAACAGUGUGGAAAGGAUUUACACAGCCACAUUACUGAAGAGGAUUUUAUGACUUGCACUACAUCUACAUUUUAACUGCGUGUCAGAAAUGCACCUUUCCAUAAAGUGGUGCAUUAGGUGGGCUGUCUGCUUGUCCUUUAUUUUUGCACUGAUCCCCAGGUCCAGAGGAUCGUUGCUGAAUUGUCACAAAAUGUGCAUAUGCGCCAGCAACAUCGUCAGCUGCUCCAAGAUGAACUUGACAAUGGUUCCAUCCGACUUGCCCAACUACACAGCUGUGCUUGACAUUAGUUUUAACGAGAUAACUGGACUUCGCGCACAAUGGACCAAGCACAAACUUCCCAACCUCCACAACCUCUUGCUCAGCCACAACGGUUUGUCGUUCAUCUCUUCUGAGGCAUUUGUUUUCGUAAAGCAAUUGCGCUACAUGGAUCUGUCAACGAAUAAUCUGCGACAGCUGGACGAGUUUAUUUUCGAGCCACUGGUAGAUUUAGAGGUUCUUCUGCUCUACAACAACCACAUCUCGCAGAUCGACCGCACAGCCUUUUCAGGCCUCAACAGCCUGCAGAAGCUCUACCUGAGCCAGAACCUGGUGUCCCGCUUCCCCCUGGAGCUCCUCAAGGACAAGAACCGACUGAAUAAGCUGAGCCUGUUGGACUUGUCUUCCAAUCGGAUCAAAGUUCUCCCCAUUCAAGACCUCCAGGCACUGCCGGCCUGGAUCAAGAAUGGGUUGUACCUCCACAACAACACCCUUAUCUGUGACUGCCAGCUGUACAGUUUGAUGACUCAUUGGUAUAUCCGACGGCUCAAUUCAGCUGUGGACUUCAAGGACGACCACACCUGCGUGCAUCCCGGCCCGGAUAAACGGGUGCUGCGUUUGUACGAUCUCAACACUCAUAUGAACUGCAGCACGUUUAAAGAAACUGACCAAGAAGCUUAUUUGGAGCAAACGCUCAUCCUCAGCUGUGAUACCAGACAUCGGAACAUGACCAAGACUUGGGUGCUACCUGGAAACAUUGUGGUGUCUCCUUACGAUAACCAGAGCAUUGUGCCUCUGAAAGAUGGCAACCUUGAGAUAAAAUCGAUACGACCUGAGGACUCAGGUGUGUACACUUGCUUUGCCGUGAGUGAAUACCUCAACGAAACUCUCUAUGUGGUGGUCAAAGUCCACAAUUGCACCCUCAGUGGCAACAGCGAGACCCUCAACACCGCUUACACCACUUUGGUGGGCUGCUUGGCCAGCGUGGUCUUGGUUCUUAUCUAUCUGUACCUGACGCCCUGUCGUUGCUUCUGCUGUCCUGACCAGGGCAAAAAGAACCAUCAUGAAGACAGCAUCCACUCCUCCAUGCUCAGCGCCACCCCAACGCACGAGGAUAUGGCAACCAAAGCAGAUCUCAACAGGCACGUGGCCUUCAUAGACCCUAAGGACCUACAGGGACAGAACGGAAAGGUGAAUCCUAAUGGAGAGGAAGAAGUGGAUGAGGAGGCCAUGAACGGAAAAGGAAAACGGAAGAAAUCGGUGGCAGACUCGAUUAGUUCAGUCUUUUCUGAUACUCCCAUUGUAGCCUGAGAGAAGAUGUGAAUUUUUGGCUAGAGACAGUUCUUUGUUGUGGCUUUAUCGGAUAAAGAGACUAAAAUACACAGUUUGCCAUCCUCAGUCUUCGCCUGUUUCUGCAAAACCUUUCCAGCAUUUUAAUCUGUAGCAAUUAAGUAUAUACUGUGAAAAGGUCUUGCCAUAUUAAUGGAAUCUAAACUUGGAGUGUUCCUGUGAGUUUAAGCCCACUAAGUAUGACUAGAGGUAGUCUGGGUGAACAACAAAUGCAUUUUGCGAUUUCUCAGUGAUCAAGUUAGGAAGCUAGGUUGACAGAGAUUAGAACAUUAAUGCAUCCUCUAUAUAAUCACAUCAUAAGCAUGAGCUUUGCAGACUGCUAAUGUUAAGAAUAUAGCACUGAAUGAAGCCCUUGUAGCUAAUCAUAUUUACCACAUUUUAUGCUAAUUGACCAACCUUACCACUUUAUGUGAAGCCAUAUGCAGUUGGUCACUGCAGAGGAAAGCAAUGCACAAUAGCAUUUGAGAGUAGUCGCAGGAAAAUGAUGGACAAGUAUCUGUUUUUUAUGGAACAUUAGAAGCUGCUUUGAAUGAAAGUCAAACAGUAAACUGAGCAUUAAAUGGUCACUUACAUGAAACUUCCUCAACCUAUACAGUAUAUGGCAAUGGAAAAAAAUAAUAUCCUUGUAAAACUCAAAUGGUUGUUUGAAUCUAGACUCUUUAAGUCCAAUUUCAUUUAAAAUGUAAAUUUUAUGCAUUUAGCAGAAACUUUUAUCCAGAGCGACUUACAGUGCAUUCAGGCUAUCAAUUUUUAGCUAUCAUUUGUUCCUGGGGAAUCGAACCCCCAACCUUGCGCUUGAUAGUGCAAUGCGCUACCAAUUGAGCUACAGGAACACUAUUUUCAUAAGUUUAAAAAUUGGAUACCAAUAUAAAACAAAACUCUAAGAACUUACACAGUUCCAUUUAUAUGAAACUAUAUUUAAAUACAGCAGCUUUUCAAUGUAUAAAGCAUGCAUUUUCAGCCUCUUGAGCUCAUCUGCCAAUGACAACCAGGGACUGACAUAUAACCAAAAUGCUAAUACAAUCUUUUAAUAGAAUGACACGUCCCAUCUGCCUGCACUCUCAUCUCUAAAGCAAUGAUGAUUUGAGCUUGGAUUCAACAGCUAAAACAGUUUCGGAUACUCAGACCUCUUCUCACCCUGCGUUCAUUUGCACUUGUGGUGGUUGGAGUCAGUGCUGACUCAUUCGUUGUCAGUAUGGAUGUCAUUUUUUUAAGCCCUUGAAGCAUGGAGGUAACCUUCAUCAGAUAAAAAGUCAAAGGCUGAGGGAUU